AUGUCUGAUGUCAACAAGACUCUACAGAAAUGGCAAGCCAGUUUCAGAAAAGGCACAGACUUUGACUCGUGGGGACAAUUAGUGGAGGCUAUAGACGAAUACCAAAUACUUGCAAGGCAACUGCAAAAAGAAGUGCAGUCAUCAAACUCAUCAGACUUCACAGAAGAGCAGAAGAAAACUCUAGGGAAAAUUGCAACAUGCCUGGAGAUGAGGAGUGUCAGUUUGCAGUGCACACAGUCAACAGAGGAGUUCAAGUUGGAAGAUUUAAAGAAACUGGAAAGCAUCAUCAAGAACAUAUUGACGUACAACCAAGAAUUUCCCUUCGACGUCCAACCGGUGCCUUUAAGAAAGAUCCUCGCUCCUGGUGAAGAGGAGAAUCUGGAGCUAGAAGAAGAUGCUGUUGCAGUCGCCGGUUCCACAGAAGCUUUCCCCCCGAGAGCUCCGGGUACCUUGUUGCCACGAUUACCCUCCGAGCCAGGAAUGACGCUGCUUACGAUAAGAAUAGAAAAAAUUGGUCUCAAAGAUGCAGGGCAAUGUAUCGACCCAUACAUGACUAUUAGUGUCAAAGAUUUAAAUGGGGUAGAUUUGAACCCUGUGCAAGACACCCCCGUGGCCACCAAGAAGGAAGACAUCUACAUCCACUUUAGUAUGGACAUCGAGAUCCAAAGGCAUCUAGAAAAACUACCUAAAGGGGCAGCUAUUUUCUUUGAAUUCAAGCACUACAAACCCAAGAAGCGGUUUACCAGCACAAAAUGUUUUGCCUUCUUGGAAAUGGACGAAAUCAAGCCUGGACCCAUUGUGAUUGAGCUGUACAAAAAGCCCACUGACUACAAGAGGAAGAAACUUCAGCUCCUCACAAAGAAACCACUUUAUCUUCAUCUUCAUCAAACCUUGCACAAGGACAGCUAA